CUCUUUUACUGGUAACGCCCCCUUCAACUUUGCCUAAGCAGUAGAAGUGGUUGUUUUUGUUAACUAAAACUGUUUGUCACACGGUGCAAACUUUUCUAUUCGACCACACUUCUGUCGAAAAGCAUGUGUUAGUGUGUCAAGGUGGGAAGCAUGGAUGGCGUCCGGAGUGCUUCAAGUCCCCAGGAGUCAUUUGUCUACAACAACGGGGACACCGUUGCAUCAGCCUGAAUGUGUCCGUCCAGAAUGUUCCGUAAGCUUCGGUGACGCCACGGAGCUGCCGAUCCGCCGGGAAGCAAAACGCACCUUAUCGGAGCUCGCCCCGUGCCCUCUCUGCGGGCCGGGGUCCUCCUCGCAGCAUCACGAGUGCGAUCGGACUUGCCUCGCAGUGCCACCCGCACGCAUGAUUGACAUACCCAGCCCCCUGCCCAGCGGACGCCCAGAUGGGUGCGCUCCAUGUGGGGGACACGCUGACAUGCCGUGUCCCCCGCAGGAUAUCUACAGGGAACCGUCGCAUCUCGCGGACGCCAGGCGCACAGAACUCUCUCCGCCGACUUGUGAGGACUCGGAAGUCUCCGGACCCGGUAGACCUCAGGUCUGUCCGAGGACCUUCCGUGCAGAGGUAGAACUGAAGAGCGCCCGCAGAGAGGUCCGGGUGGCUCCACUCAUUGGGUCCAAAAAGCCGACCGGUGGCGUUGCUCCUGGUUCUAGAAUGUUCUUCAGGUCCGCCUCGGAGUUCUGCGCGUUCAGGAAAGCCAAGCAAACUAUGAAAGCGCGCACGAAGGGAAAGUCCCCCAGCGAGACGACGACGACGCUGCAGCGCAGGCAGAAGAAAUCUUACCCGUGCCGAGUCUGCGGCAAGCUCUUCCUCCACCAUUUGUCUCUGGACGCUCACUACACGGCCACCUCGUGUGUCGGCGCCGCGCACAAAGGCAAGGCCAAAGAGGCCCACUUAACCGAACACACUCCGAACCAUCGGGCGAAGACCGGCCUACCCGGGAGGCCUUCGAAGGCGGAGGAGCCGCGGCUUGACUUCCCCUGCUCCUCAUGCACCAAAGUCUUCCCGCUGCAGUCGCAGCUGAGGGAGCACGCCCAGCUGCACGACUCCUCCCAGGCCAGCAGGGAGUGCAGCGUGUGCGCGCAGGAGGUGCACGCCUUCAAGCGGGCGCCGUCCAGGAGAAAGCGCUCCUACCACUGCCUGCCUUGCCGGGAGGGCUUCUCUGCGCUCGACUCCUUCCUGGAGCAUUGUCAGGAGCACCUGCGAGCCCGGGGGGAUGAGGAGGAGGACGAGGAAGAGGACGGCGUCGUCAUGGUGGGGUACAAACAUCAAGCCGGCGAAGCCUGAGGGACUCCUUCGGGGACUCCUGUUCUGGUGUGGUCCGAUACGAUGUGGAUAUUGGUUUGAUAGCAGCAAAAAACUAAUAUCUGACGGUAUCGGCUUGCAUGGAAAAUGUGCGAUACAAGCAGUCCUGCGGCGUGCUUACUCGUGUGAUAUCAUGUGCAAUGCCAGCAGUCCUGCAGCGUGCUUACUUGUGUGCGAUACAAGCAGUCCUGCAGCGUGCUUACUUGUGUGUGAUAUCAUGUGCGAUACAAGAAGCCCUGCAGCGUGCUUACUUGUGUGUGAUAUCAUGUGCGAUGCAAGCAGUCCUGCAGAAUGCUUACUUGUGAGAUAUCGCAUGCGAUACAAGCAGUCCUGUAGCGUGCUCACGUGUGUGUGUGUGUGUGAUAUCAUGUGCGAUACAAGCAGCCGUGCAGCGUGCUUACUUGUGUGUGAUAUCACGUGUGAUACAAGCAGUCCUGCAGCUUGUUUACUUGUGUGUGUGAUAUCACGUGCGAUACAAGCAGUCCUGCAGCAUGCUUACUUGUGUGUGUGUGUGAUAUCACGUGCAAUACAAGCGGUCCUACAACGUGCUUAGUUGUGUGUGAUAUCACGUGCGAUAUAAGCAGUCCUUUAGUGUGCUUACUUGUGUGCGAUACAAACAGUCCUGCAGCGUGCUUACUUGUGAGAUAUCGCAUGUGAUACAAGCAGUCCUGCAGCGUGUUUACUUGUGUGUGAUAUCACAUGCGAUACAAGCAGUCCGGUAGCGUGCUCACGUGUGUGUGUGAUAUAAUGUGCGAUACAAGCAGCUCUGCAGCGUGCUUACUUGUGUGUGAUAUCACGUGCGAUACAAGCAGUCCUGCAGCUUGUUUACUUGUGUGUGUGAUAUCACGUGCGAUACAAGCAGUCCUGCAGCAUGCUUACUUGUGUGUGUGUGUGAUAUCACGUGCAAUACAAGCGGUCCUACAACGUGCUUAGUUGUGUGUGAUAUCACGUGCGAUAUAAGCAGUCCUUUAGUGUGCUUACUUGUGUGCGAUACAAACAGUCCUGCAGCGUGCUUACUUGUGAGAUAUCGCAUGCGAUACAAGCAGUCCUGCAACGUGUUUACUUGUGUGUGAUAUCACAUGCAUUACAAGCAGUCCUGCAGCGUGCUUACGUGUGUGCCUGAUAUCAUGUACGAUACAAGCAGCCCUGCAGCGUGCUUACUUGUGUGAUAUCACGUGCGAUACAAGCAGUCCUGCAGCUUGUUUACUUGUGUGUGUGAUAUCACGUGCGAUACAAGCAGUCCUGCAGCAUGCUUACUUGUGUGUGUGUGUGUGUGUGUGUGUGUGAUAUCACGUGCAAUACAAGCGGUCCUACAACGUGCUUAGUUGUGUGUGAUAUCACGUGCGAUAUAAGCAGUCCUUUAGGGUGCUUACUUGUGUGCGAUACAAACAGUCCUGCAGCGUGCUUACUUGUGACAUAUCGCAUGCGAUACAAGCAGUCCUGCAGCAUGCUUACUUGUGUGUGUGUGUGUGUGUGUGUGUGUGUGUGAUAUCACGUGCAAUACAAACGGUCCUACAACGUGCUUAGUUGUGUGAUAUAAGCAGUCCUUUAGUGUGCUUACUUGUGUGCGAUACAAACAGUCCUGCAGCGUGCUUACUUGUGAGAUAUCGCAUGCGAUACAAGCAGUCCUGCAGCGUGUUUACUUGUGUGUGAUAUCACAUGCAUUACAAGCAGUCCUGCAGCGUGCUUACGUGUGUGUGAUGUGAUAUGUACGAUACAAGCAGCCAUGCACCGUGCUUACUUGUGUGUGUGAUAUCACGUGUGAUACAAGCAGUCCUGCAGCUUGUUUACUCGUGUGUGUGAUAUCACGUGCGAUACAAGCAGUCUUACAGCGUGCUUACUUGUGUGUGAUCUCACAUACAAUAUAAGCAGUCCUGCAGCUUGUUUACUUGUGUGUGUGUGUGAUAUCACAUGCAAUACAAGCAGUCCUGCAGCGUGCUUACGUGUGUGUGAUAUCAUGUACGAUACAAGCAGCCCUGCAGCGUGCUUACUUGUGUGUGAUAUCACGUGCGAUACAAGCAGUCCUGCAGCUUGUUUACUCGUGUGUGUGAUAUCAUGUGCGAUACAAGCAGUCUUACAGCGGGCUUACUUGUGUGUGAUAUCACAUACGAUAUAAGCAUUCCUGCAGCUUGUUUACUUGUGUGUGUGUGUGUGUGAUAUCACAUGCAAUACAAGCAGUCCUGCAGCGUGCUUACUUGUGUGUGAUAAUCACGUGCGAUACAAGCAGUCCUGCAGCUUGCUUACUUGUGUGUGAUAAUCACGUGCGAUACAAGCAAUCCUGCAGCUUGCUUACUUGUGUGUGAUAUCACGUGCGAUACAAGCAGUCCUGCAGCGUGCUUGUGUGUGAUAUCACGUGCGAUACAAGCAGUCCUGCAGCGUGCUUACUUGUGUGUGUGAUCACGUGCGAUACAAGCAGUCCUGCAGCGUGUUUACUUUUGUGAUAAGCACACAAUUUAUUGUAUUUUACUAAAGUAAUUUACAAACACAACAGAUAAGCACACAAGCUAGACAUGCGUGAUAAUAAUUGAACAAUAUUGUAGUGUAAAACAGCACAUUUGUCAAUACAAACAAGUAUCAAAUAAAAAUUGUGUUAAUAAAUUAUUAUGACCACUAGGUGUCACCAAAUUACCACCUCAAAUUUAAAUAGCCUUUUUUUGUAAUGUUUGCAUUUUUUCAGACCUACUAUUGUUCUGAGUAAUUUCACUUGAUCGCUCAUUUUCUAACAAAAUAAAAGUAUUUACUAUGAUUUGUGCUGACUGGAUUAAUAUAUCGGCCAACCCUCACGGCUCCGAAUAUCGUAUCGGAAUUGUAAAAAGUUGUAUGGGGACACUCCUGCGUGGAACGUUAUGUGCCACAAUUGAUGUCCUGGCCUUUGUUCAUUUCUCAAAGAGCGGCCCUCGGUAGAAAAGGACCCCUGGGUUAGACAAAUAAAUGUGGUUUAGUCACCGAACCAACGUUGGAUUUAAGAUGUGCUUGACUUGUCCGUUAGUUUUCAAAAAGCUGCUGGGAAAUAAGUUUUGUUUUCGAAAAUGAUUAAAUACAUUACGGUUUUUUUUUGCCGUCAUUAAACUGCCUCAAGUGA